GAUGACGGCUACGUGCCGGUUGUGGUACCGAAGAUCCCGGAGGAGAUCCAGCAGGAGAUCGUUGAGGAGCAGCCGACGAUGUCGGGCGGAAACCCGUUCGCUGAGGAGGAGACUCCGGUUGUGCAGACCGUCGAUGUGGUCGCCGACAACGGCGAGCAGCAGCAGGUGAUCCUGGUCGGCGGCAUUGAGGACGGUACCCAGACGAUCGAGGUCCUGAACGACUUCGGCGGCUACACGGAGACUGAGGUGAAGGCCAUUGAGACGCCGGAGGGCGAGAAGCUGGUGGUCCCGGACGCUGAGGGCGACAUGACGGUGGUGACUGUGCCGGAAGUGCCGGCCGAGAUUGCCGAGAUCGCGACGGAGGACACGCAGGUGGUGAACGUUGUGACCCCGAGCGGCGAGCAGCAGCAGGUGGUGAUCGAGGGCGAGCCCGAGCACGGCGAGGUGACCAUCGAGCUGGUCGACGAGCACGGUGAGGUGACGACCGAGGAGGUGAAGGCCGUUGAGACCGACGAGGGCAUCAAGCUUGUGGUGCCGACCGAUGACGGCUACGUGCCGGUUGUGGUACCGAAGAUCCCGGAGGAGAUCCAGCAGGAGAUCGUUGAGGAGCAGCCGACGAUGUCGGGCGGAAACCCGUUCGCUGAGGAGGAGACUCCGGUUGUGCAGACCGUCGAUGUGGUCGCCGACAACGGCGAACAGCAGCAGGUGAUCCUGGUCGGCGGCAUUGAGGACGGUACCCAGACGAUCGAGGUCCUGAACGACUUCGGCGGCUACACGGAGACUGAGGUGAAGGCCAUUGAGACGCCGGAGGGCGAGAAGCUGGUGGUCCCGGACGCUGAGGGCGACAUGACGGUGGUGACUGUGCCGGAAGUGCCGGCCGAGAUUGCCGAGAUCGCGACGGAGGACACGCAGGUGGUGAACGUUGUGACCCCGAGCGGCGAGCAGCAGCAGGUGGUGAUCGAGGGCGAGCCCGAGCACGGCGAGGUGACCAUCGAGCUGGUCGACGAGCACGGUGAGGUGACGACCGAGGAGGUGAAGGCCGUUGAGACCGACGAGGGCAUCAAGCUUGUGGUGCCGACCGAUGACGGCUACGUGCCUGUUGUGGUGCCGAAGAUCCCGGAGGAGAUUCAGCAGCAGAUCAUGGAGGAAGCCUCGGAGGAGUCUAAGUUCAUGACCAAGGACGAGUUCCGUGAGUGGAUCGCUCGGCGCUAUGAGGACCAGCUUUCGGAGUUGAAGAAGCAGGAGCAGCGACUCAAGCAAGAAGAGGCUGCCACGACUGGCCGUGUGAAGCAACUCAAGGAUUGCAUUGAGCAGGCGGCGAACAAGUUCGGCUACUACGGCGUGUACGAGCAGGCGCCGCACUACCAGAACGCUGUGGAAUGGGUCGAGAACGACUGCUGGGCCAACCAGUGGGAGCCCGAGAGCCCGGCCGAGCACCCGAUGCUGCGCCGCUAAGAGACAGCAAGCUCGGUUGGUGGGAUGAGGCCGACGACCUGGUGAAGCGACUGACAAUGACGACGACUGGGUAGGGUGGCGCUUGUGUAUGAUUGCAUCUCCGUUCUGUGCGCUUGUAGUUAGUGACCUGCACGUGCAUGUAGCAAAAGAGUAGCGUUGCGCAUAUAACACCCGUCCAUAAUGCAUAUAGUCUUGUUAUCCAUUU